UACAAACUUCUGCAAGUCCAGGAAGUUGACGGGGCGCUGUGCUGCUCUGCGUUCAGUAACAACCGGGGAGCUUUAAAUGUCCACAAACCUCAAUACAGUAACAAGUUUUCUACGUGUUUGAACUGUGAUCUAUCAUUUGCACAUCAAAGAUUCUCACCAAAAUCCCUGACCUCUUGUUCUACAACAUGGACCCCUCUUCUGUGCUUCGACAACAAAGUCAGAACACAAUCCUGAGGACAAUAAAUGAACAAAAUAAAGUGGCAGCAGAACCAAAAUUCUCCAAAUCUUUGCCCAUGCACUCAUUGCAGCAUAAUCUAGAAGAUCAAGGUUUAGGAAGGUCAGGACAGGUUCGUCCACCUCAUCCACGCCCAACUGGGAGCAGGCUCCCAGUACUCGCGAAGUCACUUCAUCUUCAGAUUCCAAAUGAGUUUGCUCAAUCCCACUGUAAAUGGGAUGCCAAACCCCUGUCUGGGAAGGCAAAAACAAAAAAGCCAUGCACCAGGCCAGUACCAUUCAACUUGUCCCAGCCAAAAGCCUCAAGAUUGCCAUCAGAAAAUCAUCCACCUAAUAUAAUUCAUCCAACACGAAACUCUAAGCUUAACAAAAAUGUCAGUUCUUGUCAGUUUACAACAACAAACAGAAACUUUAAACAUUCAGCUACCUUAAAAGAAAAUGUUAAGUCCACAAAGAUGACAGAAAAUUCAUCACAGCUGCUGGGAAAAUCAAGACCACUUCACUCUCACAAGACCUCAACUAGUUUGUCCAAACAUGUGUCAUUUCCACUGAACUCUAAUGAGAACAGUGCUACUGCCUCUGAACAACCGGCUUCUGCUGCUGAGGCCUGUUCACAUAAUAUGAACUUGCUCAGUCUAAAAGACACAUCCAGCAUUUUAAAAGAAGGUGACAAAGUGGACAAUUUCCAGCAUGAUCAAACAACUUUGCUUAGCAUUCUUUGCAAUGAGGAAAUGUCAUCGGCUGUGACCCCACAGUCCAAACCAUACAACUAUCUGCCGCAGCGUGUAUCUGUAAUGAAGAGUCGCCAAAAAGCUGAAUCCAAUCCAGGUUCCAUGAAAUCAGCACAAUAUUCCCCAGACCACGGAGCUUUGCAGAGCAUCCUAAAGAACGAAGGAGUAAAGGCUAGGACUCCAUCAGACACACCCAUGAGAGUGCCAGUUAAAAAGAAUGGUGUUGAUACUAAAACGGGACUCUCUGGUACAUCUGUGAAAAUGGUGCAGUUUUCUCCGGAUGCUGCUGCUCUUCAGAGUAUCCUACAGAAUGAAGGUGUGAGAGCUGUGGGCCCUGAUGGUGCUGCUCCAAGAAACUCUCUGUGUCCAACAGGCAGAAACACAUCAAUAUACAUGGCUCAGAGAGUGCCUGUCAGGAAAAAUUUUGCAGAGCCAAAUGCACCACUAAUGGUGACAGCCUUCAAACAGACUCCUGGUCAGAAAUGGACCCCACAGAGAGUGGUUAGGCACCAGCCCACGUCCGCUAUGAAGUGGCAUACAUCAUCACAGCAGUCUCCAUAUACCACUACUCCAGGAUUAAGGGGCUGUAAGGCAAACCUUUGCACAAAACAGGAGGAGGUUGUUCAGAAAUUGUUUGUUGAAGAUGAACAGACCACAGAUGAAGUUACAGUCCCUUCAACAGAGUCACUUCAAGACCUGGCAAGCUGUAAAGAAAAAAUGCACAGCCCUGUCAAAAAUGAGGAAAAGGAAGAUGGUUCAAUGAAGGAAGAUGAACGGGUUGAGGGACCAUUUUUUCAAGCUCCAGAGCGAGAGUCAGUCAUUUUCUUUUCUACAGGAAAAAAAUUGUUCAGAGACCCUUGCUUUAAGAAACUGGAGACAACAGGCCAUAAACAGCACGGCCCUGAGGAGGCACUACCUGUGCUACUACAAAGCUGUCACAGUCAGACUGUAACCAAAGAUCUCCUGACUCUGAAGACUGGUGUUAUGAAUCCAGCUGUGGCCAUGCUGCGAAAGUGCCUCCCUCCUUUAGAAGAGCUGAGGUUGGAUGAGGAGGUGGCCACCUACACCUCUGUGUCUGUCCCGACCGUGUCUGGGUUCCACGCCCCACGGCCCCGCUGUGGAAAUCCUUUGGCCACACUACUGCACUUUGAAGAAUCCACUAGAUUUGUACCCAUCUGUCCUGACCUGUCACAAGACUCCCAUCACGAGAGGUGAUUGCACCAGUAUGUUGUGGUGUAUUGCUGAUAAUAUGUAAAAGUUUUUUCACUGAUGGACUGUUUCACUGGACAUUAAAACUGAAUAAAUUCAAGCAAUGGAAAAUGCCAUAAUGCCAGAUGCCAGUCCUCUAGAUACAAAUACAGACCUAAUACAUUUUGAAGCUAGACCUCGGGGACAAUAAAAUCUGUAUUCAUGAUUUUAAGCCAUAUGGCAAUUAUUGUGAGAAACUGGAACUUUCUCUGUCUCUGCAACAUACGUCCAGGGAACACUACUGAAGUCUGUUGUUAUUUUUACAAAAUCUUUUUACGUCAUGUAUAUUUAGAUUUCAAGAAAAUAAAAAAUAUGCAAUAUGAUGACUGAACAUUUCAUGAAGAGCUAGGAUCAGUGUUAAGGUCAAAAUGUAGAUGAAUAGGGUGUAUUUUAAAGCUAAGCUAUUAUAAAGCAUAAAAUGAAAUAAAUGUUGUUACUAAAUAUAGUGUUUAUAAUAAAUGUUUAU